AAACUGCAGAUGUGUAGUUGAAACGAUUCCUUGGAGUUUUUGAUUGGAAGUUCAAAGCAGAUUUCCCAAAUUUCUAUUUCGUUUGUUUGCUGUAACUGCGAUUGAUCACGAUUGAGAGAGAGAUACAGACGGACGGACUGACAGAUGGCUUGCUUACACGAUCAUAGCUGCGAAGAUCACGAUUGUUCCUCCGAUUUCUCUCUCUACAAGCACAUAGACCUCUCCAAGGUUUCUGCUUUAAAUGAGGCUGUUCCAGGAAGCGUCAAGUCAGUUUUUAAAGCUUGGGAACAGCGCCUAGAUUCUUCUGAGGGUCACUUGGAGAGCAAUGAGGGUGAUCCUGAUUUACUAGUUUUCAUACCAUUUACCUCUGAUGUUAAAAUCAAGAGCAUUUCAAUAAUUGGUGGGGCAGAUGGAACAAGUCCUUCCAAGAUGAGGGCGUUCAUUAAUCGAGAAGGUAUUGACUUUUCUGAUGCUCAAAGCAUGCAACCUAUUCAGGAGUGGGACUUGGUGGAGAAUUUACAAGGAGUUUUGGAGUACCAGACAAAAUAUUCUAGAUUCCAGGGCGUGGGAAGUCUCACUCUGCAUUUUCCCGAAAAUUUUGGUGGUGAUGUGACUCAGAUACAUUACAUUGGCUUAAAGGGUGAAGCCACACAGUUGAAGAGGGAUGUUGUUGCAACCAUCGUGUAUGAACUUACGCCCAAUCCUUCUGACCACAAGACGAAGGCUGAAGGUGGUGGUGGCCUCUCACGCAUCGAAUGAAGAUUAUGCAAACAUCAGCCGGUGUUGGAAUGCAUCGCUCGUGUACAUGCGCGGCCUGUAGUUUACUUAACCGCCUUGGUACUUUUGUGUGCACUGGGAAUGCCCUUUUAAGCUUUGUGUUCUACUAAGGAUUGCUUUUCCCCCUUAGUGAAUCAAAUGCUGUUUGCUCGAGAAAAUGUAACUUCCUUGCAGAGGUCUAUCUGUUUUAGUGUCAGUUUGAACCACAACUAAUUUGAUGUUGGCCCAUGUUAGCUAUGGUAAUGAUUGAUCUCUGUCACAAAGUGAGGAAGAUUAUUAUGCA